AAGGCUCACACCCGGGAUGGGCGGUGCUUCUUUGGCAAUGACUCUAUUCAAUAUGGAGUACAGAAAAAUAGCCUCAUUCUCACUGCACUUCACUACAUUCAUGCAGUUUUAGGCCACUUUAGCAUUUCGGGCACACAUUAUGAACUCUCACACGUAGAUAUCAGCCUACAGGACUUCCUCACGCUACAUUGUUUAUCCUCUCGACGCUCUCCACAUCCGGAGGAAGAUUUGGGUAGUUUUCGUGAAAGUAAUUACCAAGUUGUGCCGACCGGCGGGGUUAUCGGGUGAAAGGUGACAUCGCUUCAGUCUACUCACUCGUAGAAUGCACAAUGCAGCGAGUGUCUCAGCCUCACUGGGGUCCAUGGGACUGUUGCGCCUCUUUGGGGUGUCCUGGCCCUGGAGUCUGGCAGCAGGCCUUGGGGUUUAUCUCGGCACAAGAAGCUGGAGAUACUUCUACAUUGCAGCACGCACCGCCAAGAGAGACCUCAUUGGCCUGUAUGUGCUGUUAAGAGUGAAGGUGGCUUUAUGGCGCUAUAUGCGCAAUGGAAGUAACAUUCCUUCCAUAUUCGCCCAGACAGUAAAACGGCAUCCAAAUAAACCAGCACUGAUCUAUGAGGUCACAGGGGAAAUAUGGACCUUCGCCCAGCUGGACGAGCUGUCUAAUGGAGUGGCCCACUGGGCAAGAGGUCAGGGGUGGGUCUCAGGGGAUGUGGUGGCCCUCUUCAUGGAAAGCAGGCCAUUGCAGGUGGCGCUUUGGCUGGGCUUGGCCAAGGUUGGGGUGGAAGCUGCACUCAUCAACUUCAACCUCCGCCAUGAUUCUCUCCUGCACUGUGUCGGGGUGUCAGGGUCACGGGCUAUUGUGUUCGGAGCUGAGCUUGCUGAUGCCAUGUCGGAGGUCAGUUCCUCCAUCACCCAGUCCAUGGUACGGUUCAGUACAGGCGACCUCAGUGCUGGACAUCUGGCCCGUCUGGAUGCUCAACCGCUGGACCCGAUCUUAGCCUCUUCACCUAGACAUCCCCCUUCACCUUGUGUUCCCCACAAAGGCAUGAACGACCGUCUAUUUUAUAUUUACACCUCCGGCACCACGGGACUGCCAAAGGCUGCUAUUGUGGUACACAGUCGUUACUACAGAAUUGCUGCUUUUGGAUAUUUCGCCUUUCGCAUGAGCCCUGUUGACAUCAUCUAUGACUGCCUGCCUCUCUAUCACUCAGCAGGUAAUAUCAUGGGCGUCGGUCAGUGUCUGAUUCACGGCCUCACCGUGGUAGUGAAGAAGAAAUUCUCUGCCAGCCGCUUCUGGGAAGAUUGCAUUAAGUACAACUGCACUGUGGUGCAGUAUAUCGGGGAAAUCUGCCGCUACCUCCUGUCUCAGCCUGUACGGCCGUCAGAGAAGGGCCACAAAGUUCGGCUGGCGGUGGGAAACGGGUUGCGCCCCAGUGUGUGGGAGGCCUUCACCGAGCGCUUUGGGGUGGCGCAGAUUGGAGAGUUCUACGGAGCUACUGAGUGCAACUGCAGCAUUGCCAACAUGGAUGGCAAGGUGGGAGCCUGUGGAUUCAACAGUCGCAUUCUCCCCAACGUGUACCCAAUCCGCCUGGUGAGGGUGGACGAGGACAGCAUGGAGCUGGUUCGUGACAGCAGGGGGCUCUGUGUGCCUUGCUGCCCUGGGGAGCCGGGGCUUCUGGUGGGUCGUAUCAACCAGCAGGACCCAUUACGACGUUUUGAUGGCUACGCUAACCAGGAUGCUACAAGGAAGAAAAUAGCUCACAAUGUCUUCAAGAAAAAUGAUUCUGCAUAUUUAUCAGGUGACGUGCUUGUGAUGGAUGAAAUGGGCUACAUGUACUUCCGUGACCGCGGCGGAGACACGUUCCGCUGGCGAGGAGAAAAUGUCUCCACCACCGAAGUGGAGGGCGUACUCAGCAGUCUUCUGUGUCAGACUGAUGUAGCUGUGUAUGGCGUGACAGUGUCAGGUGUGGAAGGUAAGGCCGGCAUGGCUGCCAUUGCAGACACUACAGGGUCCUUUGACUGCAACAGUUUCUUGCAGAAAGUCCAGAAUGCUCUUCCUUCGUAUGCUCGCCCCGUCUUCCUGCGAAUCUCCCCACAUGUGGACACCACAGGUACAUUUAAAAUCCAGAAAACCAGGCUGCAGAGUGAGGGAUACGACCCACGUCUCACCACUGACCAGAUCUACUUUUUGAACACCAGAGCCGCGUGCUACGAGGCUGUAGAUGAGGAGCUAUACAAUGCUAUAGCGGAGGGAAGAAUGUCUCUAUGACAUGGAGGCCUGAGCAGGGCAGUCAUGGUGCCUCCGUUAAAGAGAUGGUGUAGAGAGCUGUUGGUGUCGGGAUAAGUCAGUCUUGGUGCACCAUCUGGCUGGAUUUUAACCUUCAGGGAGCAGAGUUGAGAAAACUACUUAUAUAGGCAGAGUUUUGUUACAGAUUAAGUUUUAACAAUGUAUAAGUAACACUCCAGGACAUAAUGUGAGGACAUUACCUCCUUUAAUACAUUUUUAUUUAAUUAUUACAUGAACACCUCAAAAAGCCUUUGAGCAUCAACGCACAUUAGAGUGGGUAUAUCCCACAACCCUUUUGAAGUAGGAUACACGUUACAAUGAUGUAGUUAGGACUACAAGCGAUAGCAUGAAGUCAAACUCUGUUACAGGGUAUAUUCCUAUUUAUGAAGUAUGCUAAAAGAAUAAUUCCUUGUAGGAUCAGCAAUACUUGAGUGUGAAGUUACUGAUGUGUGUUUGGAUGAAAGUGGAAAGACCAGACAUGCAGCUACUAGAUAAAGCACUAACCUUUUUUAAUGCAUGGAAAACUAAUCUCAAUUGUCAUUUAAAACUCUGAACAAAACUGGCACAGGUUUGCAGAUGCACAAAAGCUGUUGCUGUAUGUGCCUUUUAUAUGAAACAUCAGAUUUGUGUUUCAAUAGUUUUUUAACACUUUUCUUGGAAAGAAGCUCAACCGAUUGUGGAAAUCACUAGUGAUUGUAUGUAAUGCAAAGCUGAGCCACACAGUGACUGUCAUUUUAUGUAACAAAUCUUAUCAGUGGAGAGAGAGAGAGAGAGAGAGAGA